GACAUAUUGAACCAAGCGUAAAAAGAAACGUCAUAAUCAAACGACAGUUUUGGCGGUCCACUAGUUUUAAUGUCGUAAAAAUCAAAUAAGAAUGAAUUUUCAUCAAAGAUAAGUGAUAAGUGCGAGUUAUUGUGAAAAAUUUUGUGGUCUGUGACUCGAAGUAGAGAAACGACUCUGGAUUGCAACUGUUGAAGACGCAAAUAAUUGUUUGUUUGGUAACCUACUUGUGGAUUGGCUGUCAAAACGUAGUCAACUUAAUUUUCUGUGUUUGAAAAUGUUUAAAGACUCUGUUAUGUCGAUAAGGUGAAUAGUUAGGGACGAGGGGAAUAAAUUGGAUGUGACCUCGGAUAGUUUCAGACGUGUCUAUAACGGCAUGACCUCAUAAAUGAAGGAGUCAUAUCCUGAUGACAUUAUGCUGUGCUUUGUUCAAGGGUUCGGAGAUAGAGAACGUAAUAAUAGUAAAACACGUGACUUGGAAAGGUCUGAACCAAAUGGCACAAGGCUGUCUAAGCGGAGAGAGCAAAGCAAGUUAACAGUUCAUAUUGAGAAUCUGGAAUCGGAUGCAGCAGCAGAGUUAAGUAGUAAAGAUACCACUCCUGAUGUUAAUGGAGAAACUGUGGAGAUUCGACCUAGAAAGUCUCUGUCAAUAGUCGGGCGGUCGUUAAGGCUUUCAUCUGCGGAUCGUUUUCUGAAUUGUUUGCCUGAAGUGAAGAGGAGCUUUAGUGACCGGUUUUCAGUUGCCAAUGAUGCCAAUGGGAAGAGGACAUCGAAAGGACUCUUGACCAUUAGGAAAACCUGGUCCACUGGAAACUUUGCGGCGGGCGCGGCGGGUAGCGGGUGCGGGGCACCGCGCUCCGCCCCCGCCACCCCGCUGCAGAUCGAGUCUCACUCCCGCGCCAGUAAGCACGAUAAGCAUGCAGUGAAACCCUUGUCAGGAUCAGCGCCAUCAGUCAACGUGUCAGUAGUUCAGAGCGCGGGCUCGGGAACAGAGACCAAAGACGGCAAGCAGCCCAGCAAGUCCCGACAGAAAAAGUUUCAGAGACACUUCCCGCAGGUCGGGCCCGAAGAACGAGUACUCAAUUAUUAUUCCUGUGCCCUUGUUGGCGAUUUGCUUCUCCAGGGGCAUCUGUAUAUAACGAAGAAUUAUUUCGCUUUUUAUUCAAAUGUCUUCGGAUAUGUUACUAAGUUGCUCAUCCCAGUCACGUCCGUGCUCCGAAUCACAAAGGAGAAGGUGGCCAGGAUUAUCCCGAAUGCAGUGGGAGUAUGCACGAGAGACGAGCGACAUGUUUUCGGGUCGCUUUUGUCGCGCGACUCUACGUACAAGCUGAUGACGCAAGUUUGGAAGGCCACUCGAGUGCCUGAAAAUGCUACGCCGAAGCCGCAAGACCUACGUGCAUCUGAGGUAGAGUUAGACGCAUCAGAGUACUCCCCUGACGACAGUAGCUCUGGCGGGGCGGACCAAAACGACUCGAAACCACCGCCCAUAGUGAAGAGAGAACCUGAAGCUAUCUCGUCCCUUUCCACAGCAGGCGCAGCGGUGAUCCAACCUGCGCUACUGACAGGUAGUACAGCACCUCGACGAGCGCCGCGUGGCUGGCAGGCGUUCCUCAUAUUCUCUAUCGUCAUUCUUGCAUUGUCUUCGCUUGUGCUGGCCUUCAAAUUAUACGUGAGCAGAUCGCAGACAGAGGAUGACGUGUUAAAGCUGUCCGGGGAAGAGUUGUAUACUGAGCUCGUGAGAUGGCGGGCGCGUCUACACGGCCGCGCUGCCUCGGAAAUGCAUGCUUUUCUUUCUACCAACCUGUUACUGCUCACAAAGGUACGGCAGUCACUAGAAGCGCUAUCUGGGGUGAUUCUCACUGACAUGGCACAAUCCGGUCACCAAAUAAAUCUCGAUGUGCCCAACGAAACUGCUUUUAGUUAGCGGACACUGAUACCUUAGUGUCUAAUUAAUGAACAUUCAUUUUAGUGUCAAAUUAGUGAACAGUAUCAACUUGGUGAACAAUACCAACUUACUGAAAAUGUCAUUAGUCGACAAUAGUUGUGGAUUCCAAUUUUUUAACGUAGACUUAUUUGACAAACCUGAAUAUAUUGCCUACCUUUCCACUCUCUAUUAUUUAAAAAAGGACAGCAAUGUAUAAAGAAUUUGAAUUACAGAGACCAUUGUCAUCUUAGUUGAGUUCUACUUUGAUAUCGACAUUUGUGCUGGCUCCAAUUUAGUGUUUUAACAAAACUAGAAUUAGAAUAUCUUUUUUUUUUAUUAAUAUGUGGAAUUAGUUUACUACCUGAAAAUGAAAACGAUAACGAUUUAAUGUUGUUUAAUUUAAUUUUAGUUUAGCACAGAGUUAAUCGUACUGUCACACUAAUUGUUGACUUAGUGAAAUCUGAAUUGUUUUAUUGCAAUAACUUUAACGCGAACUAAGAUUAUUGACAAUUUUCAUUGUAGUUGUUGAUGGUGCUGAUUCUGUUUUGUACAUCAGCCAAAUACUAAUCGAUACUAAAGUUAGUUUUAUAGAUGUGCGCCACAGAACAAUAAUCUAAAUGUUCACUUUCGUCAAAAGUAAUGUGAUAUUAAUUUCUAUUGAAUUUAUUUACGUAAUCAAUUUAUAACAAAUAAUUUAUCUUAAAUGUUAUUUAUUUGUUACAGACUUCCUCAUACUAUACACAUUAUGAUUUUUUAUUGCAAUCUUAAACCAGAUGUUGUACUGGAAGAUUGAAAAAAUAUACUGUUUAUGAAUGUAUUUAAGUAAGUAACGUUUAAAUAAAAACAUCUUAAAGUGGCAUUUCGAAAUAUUAAGAAUACCGUUUUAUAUUUCUCCAAUAUUCUAAACUAACAAUAAAGCUAAUGAUGUUUAUAUCACUACCCACAAAAUGAAAGGACGUUGGUCUUCGUUCUGUCCAAUUUACAUUACCAGAAUUGGCAUUAAAAUUUAAUUUGAUCAAAGUAAAUGCCUUUGUUAAUCUAAAUAAAAUAGGAACCAUAAUAAUGUCUGUAGCUUGUCUUGUGCCGAAAGUUUAGUUCAUAAUAAUACUUUACAACAUUUAUCUUAAUGUCCAAUUUUGAACUAACUGGCAUGAUUUAAUUUUAAUUUAGUAAAGUUUUAGUUCACUAAGAAAAAUCACAAAAUGUGAUUUUUGUUGAGAUUCGAAAUUCCAUACGUCUAAAAUCGAUCAAGCCAAACCGCUUGUCAAGUCAAAGGUGCAACAAUUUAAUUUGACAUUAGUAUACCGAUUCUGACUAUAGUUUUAAAUUGAUCCCAAAGGUUCCCACCUUAGUUCACUGCUUGCAUUAAAACAUCGUUGCAACUCAGGGAUAUCCCAAAAUAAAACCCCUUACUGUAUGAGUCGAUCGAAUUUAUAGUUUGUUUUUUAGUUUCCAUCUAUGCUGUCUUUAGUCGCUCAAACAACUUUUUUAGUGAGUUAAAAUUAGUGUAUUAGUGUAUGCUAUACAUGAUGUCAAUCACUAUGUAACAAAAUUUCAACAAGGUUCCGUUUCUGGUUUGACAGUUCUGGUUUCUGUUUAAUUGAUCAGCACGUAUGUAGAAAAUAGUAGCUACACCUCUGAAAGUUGGUUUUGUGGCUGUCAUACAUAGUGGUAUUUACAUAAUCUCGCAAAUGUACACAUUUUUAGAUUCAUUGUAAUUUAUUUGUAGAAUUUUGGUUGAAAUAUAUAAUGUUUGAAAUUUGCGUACCUUUAAAGAAACUUACAAAUUUUCUCAUUAUUUAAAGUCAAAAAGGGGACAUUUGUAUUUCAAAUCACUAUUGAUUUGAAAUAUAAUGUUCCCUUUGGCUCAAUUUAUAUUGCGGCGGAAUGGAAUGGAAGCGAAUUUUUGUAACUAUAUUGUUUAUGGCGUAAUGAACUUUAUGGUUAAUAGUGUAACGUACAAACUAGAUACCAGCUAAAAAUCAAGUCGUCUCGCGCAUUCGCGAGAAUUCCGCGGCUGCCGUCGUCGACGCUUGGCGAAACCGCGGGAUGUGGCGCGCCGUGUAACGCAGUGUAACGUCAAAUGUCGACAAAAUACAACAGCCUCAAGGCGCAGUUCCUGGAAUGCUCGAGCAAUUACAGUGAUCGAGCGCGCCUUCUCGCGCAGCGAAGCGAAAUUAACGCUUCCAUUCCCUUCCGCCGCAACGUAGAUUGAGCCUUUUUGUCUUUAAAUAAAGACAAACACGAAAAUUUUGUAAGUUUCCUUCAUGGUACGGAAAUUUCAACUUUUGUUGUUGUACAACACAAAAGUGACGUUUUAAACAGGGGAGUAAAGAUUUUUCUUGUUUUUAUGUUAGAACCAAUUAGAAAAUGAUAUUGUAACCCAAAAACAAAAAUCGUGUUACAUGAUGUAUUCUACCCUACUUUCAGUGGUUUGCCAAAUAGGUUUAAAUAACGAUUCUUGCCAGUACAUUAUGACAUUUUAUACAUUCUAUUGUAAUUAUGAACAUGUUGCUGCAGGUUAACCCUCGUCAAUUUAGACGAAGUCAACUAUUCUUGGGAAAUACCAUUUCAUAGUAAGAAUUCCUAAAUAAUCUAUUUCUCUAGUCUCUAAAGCUCACGGAAUUUACAAUUCUGUGAGAUUUAUUUUAAUAUUGACUUAAUUUCAUAUUACCAGUUUUCUUAACGUUAUUACGACAUAUUUUUUAUCACUGUUGAUAGCAACAAACGCGUAAAGUAUGCCAGGCCACUUUUGAAAAUUACCUUACGUCUUUAACAUGGCGUUGGUUGUUAAAAUGCAGUAAGUUUUUGUAGGCAGACUAUAUAUUAGCAUGUGCCUCGAUAUACUUUUGUUAAAAAAAUAACAAUGUUUAGACAAAUGCAAUAUUAAUUUACUGUAGUAGAAAUAGUUUCAUGUAUUUAAUAUUUAACAUAAUGUAACAAAACAGUUGAUUUUACAAAGCAUUAUAAUGUAAUAGAUGAAGUGUAAACUAUUAUUUAAUUAUUGAUGUAACUUGUGUAAUAAUAUAUUAUAAUUAUGUUACGCGAAGGUGUCUUGUAACAUCGUUUUUAUUGUGUUGCGAGAAAAUGUACCAAAAGGCAGUUCCCAGAGGUAUCGCGAAGGAGAAUGUUGCGUAACGCGCGGCCGUGUGUGAUACUGUAGUGUAUUAUACAAAUCAACGUUCUUCAGUUAGUGUUGCGUCUCUCUGUUGCGUCCUCUUGUGAGAGCCGUCUUAGCCAAGCCGCAUUGAGACUUUCUGAUUAAGAUAUAAUUUGUUAUGUCUCAGGAUGACGGGCUCAGUGGCAGUGCCCCUCAGAUCUUUAUGAUUUAAAUCGCUCUGAGCGGCACUGCAACUGAUAGGGAUAGGCGUGUCAUUUACCACCAGCACACACGUUCGUCCCACCAGUUCGUGUCAUAAAAACAAAUGUUCUGUCAGAUGUUAUGCCGUUACAAUUUUAUGUCCGCUGCAAGCACCAAUACGUACACCGACUAACAAAGGAAAGGUACAGUUGCAAAAACACUUUUUAGAAAUAAAAACAACAGUAAAUCACGGAAUGUUUUUAAUUUUAUCGAGAAAAUGAAUUAUCUGCAGGUGUAAUACAAUUGUAUAUGUACAUAUUUUCAAGUAAAGAAAAUCAUAAUAUUUUUUGAUUGGUGAAAAAGUGCGGAUUCCUUCCGGUAUCUGACAGGAUAUAUAAUCAGCAAUUCUGAAAAUAUACUUUGUGUUAUUGUUGGUAAUUUCUGUGAAUGGCCUAAAUUCGUUUGUACCGGUUACCAUCAGUGCCAAAGUCUACGUCGUUUUCUCAUGUUGUGUAUUUGAACUUGUUUCUAUUAAUAGAUACUAGCGCAAAAUCUUACUCUGUUCUAAAUAUAGACUUUAGGUACGUAAGAGUACAUUCUUAGGAGUCCUACUUUAUGGUAGUUGACAUACAUUUAGUGGAACGUGCGCUAAAUAAGUAUGUAAGCAAUAACAAUAUGUACAAAUUUUGAAAAAGGUUCUGUUUCUGGUUUAACAGUAUUGAUUUCUGUUUUAUUGAGCAGCAAUUUGCUUUUGUUACUGUCACAUGUGUAUAAACAUUAUUUAUAAAAGUGGUAAAGUCCAAUAAUUGCACUAAAAUACCAUAGAUGGCAUUACUAGUUUACUCAGAGAACUAAAAUUACUACACAUUAAUUUUCUAAAAGAUCAUUAUUUCAAAAUUUAAUUACAAGGGCUUAAUUCACAUUUACAAUGAACGACACAUUUCUAGGUUCGUUGUCAUCAAUUUGUAGAAUAUUUGUUGAAAUUAUGCUAUAGAUUUUAAAUAUAAUGUUCCGUUUUUACCCGAAAAUUUGUACAUUGUCUAAAUGGUACGCAAAUUCAAACUUUUCGCUAUUGGGAUCACAAAAACCAAAGUUUUGCAUGGAAAUAAAGUUUUUUCAUAUUUUUAUCUUAAAACGAAUAAGAAAACGAUAUUGAUAAGCCGGAAACAAAAAUCAGGUUACACGGGGCAAUAAAAAAAAGACAGCAUUUUUAAACACAUUAUUACCGCCAGCGUCCACGUUCCUAGCUGCCAUGUUGUAAAAGGUAGUACAUUUCAUUUAAAACAAUUUAAGAGCAUUUAGAAGAUACUAUCCAUGUUUUUGUAUAGUCGAGUAAUUCUUUCCCUUCGCCAAUUUCCAUUUCAAAGUCGAUGACAAUUUUGUAUUCGCAAGUGCUAAAUAGUUAGACGUGUUGACUUGACUUACAGUUUUACUAAAUUUUCGCAUAUAAAAUCGUCCAUUUCAAAAUUAAAUGGAAAAAGUAUAAUUUAAAAACAUUUUUAAUGCUCAAGGCGACUCAAGUAGCAUCUUUUCGUUCGGUAACUUUUUGCCAUAUCUUUAUGAUUGUUACAUAUAUGGAGAAAGUACAAGUAAAAGCUUUGUCGCCAAGUCGCUGGGUACAGUAUGUCACUAAAGACUGAAAUUAAAGGAUCUAAUUGUUGCCACGGAUUUAACAACUUUUGUUGUACAAUUUUCAAAACAUUGCUCAAAAACACUUCGCUAAUUGACGUCAUCAGCGCAAAAGUGGUGUAAUCCACAUUUAAUUUCUUUUGUAUAAUA